GCCCCGCUCGGCCCCGCUCGGCCCCCGCAGCGGGACGCGGCGCGGUCGGGCGGCCAGGCCGGCUCGGGCCGCGCCGCCCGGCCCUGGGAGAACCUGAGCUGCGCUGAGACGAGGGGAGAAGAGGGGGCGAGAUGGCGUCGUGCGUGGGGAGCCGGACCCUGAGCAAGAACGACGUGAACUACCGCCUGCACUUCCGCAUGAUCAACGAGCAGCAGGUGGAGGACAUCACUCUGGAGUUCUUCUACCGGCCGCACACCAUCACCCUUCUCAGCUUCACCAUCCUCAGCCUCAUGGCCUUCGCCUUCACCAGGGAUGAUUCUGUACCAGAGGAUAAUAUUUGGAGGGGUAUCCUCUCUGUGAUUUUCUUCUUUCUAAUCAUCAGUGUUCUGGCUUUUCCUAAUGGACCCUUUACACGUCCCCAUCCUGCGAUAUGGAGAAUGGUUUUUGGUCUCAGUGUGCUCUAUUUUCUGUUCCUGGUGUUCGUGCUCUUCCUUAACUUUGAGCAGGUAAAAGCAGUGAUGUACUGGCUGGAUCCUAAUCUUCGAUAUGCCACAAGGGAAGCAGAUAUUAUGGAGUAUGCAGUGAACUGUCAUGUUAUCACCUGGGAAAGAAUCCUCAGCCACUUUGAUAUAUUUGCUUUUGGACAUUACUGGGGCUGGGCUAUGAAGGCUUUGCUGAUCCGCAGCUAUGGGCUCUGCUGGACUAUCAGCAUCACCUGGGAGCUCACUGAGCUCUUCUUCAUGCACCUUCUGCCUAAUUUUGCUGAAUGCUGGUGGGAUCAAGUCAUUUUGGACAUCCUGCUUUGUAACGGAGGUGGCAUCUGGUUGGGCAUGGUGGUUUGUCGUUUCUUGGAGAUGAGGACCUAUCACUGGGCAAGCUUCAAGGACAUUCACACAACCACAGGGAAAAUCAAAAGAGCUGUAUUACAGUUCACCCCUGCCAGCUGGACCUACGUCCGCUGGUUUGACCCAAAGUCAUCAUUUCAGAGAGUGGCUGGAAUCUACCUUUUCAUGAUCAUUUGGCAGCUGACUGAGUUGAACACAUUCUUUUUGAAACAUAUCUUUGUGUUCCAAGCAAGCCACCCUUUAAGCUGGGGUAGAAUUCUCUUCAUAGGAAUCAUUACAGCACCCACUGUAAGGCAAUACUAUGCGUACCUCACAGAUACACAGUGCAAGAGGGUGGGAACUCAGUGCUGGGUGUUCGGGGCUAUUGCUUUCCUUGAAGCUAUUGUGUGCAUAAAGUUUGGACAAGAUCUUUUUUCCAAAACACAAAUACUGUAUGUUGUGUUUUGGCUUCUCUGUGUGGCCUUUACAACUUUCCUUUGUCUGUAUGGUAUGGUUUGGUACGCAGAGUACUACGGCCACCGAGAAAAGACCUUGUCAGAAAGUGAAGACAGUCCAUACAGUCCAGAUGCUUCCUGGCUUCAUUCUAAAUUCACCACAGCAGGUGCUGACAGUAGUCCACCAAAACAUUCAGUCAAUAGUGAAAGCCACUCAUCUAGAAGGAGGAAUCGGCACUCCAAAUCAAAAGUAUCAAAUGGAAUUGGCAAGAAAUAAGAAUGGUCUCUAAAGACAUCCUACAGUGUGACCAGAGGUCAUGAAGAUCAGACCCAGCUCUGAAUUGCCAAAUGGAAGGUGGAUUUUUCAAUUAAAAAGUUUAAAACAGGGGAUGUUGAAGAACAGGAUGAUGAAGAUGGAGCCACCGGUGUAGUGCAGAUAACUACCUGCUGACACUUGCCAUUCACUGAUGUAAAUCUUGUUUCUUCAGCAUAUGGCACUAAAAGCUCAUGAAGGGUGUGCUGGAAAAAAAAUGUACUUUUGUCAUAGUAGGUGCACCCUGUUUUGUGUUCAGAAGUUGCAAGUGCAUUUUUAGUAUCCUAGUUGAGGACUUAAACACAAAGGUUAGUAAACUGAUAGUCGGUAUAGCUGGUUAGAUUUUUGUUUGUUUGUUUUGGUUUACUGUUUUUGUUGUUUUCUACAAGAGUAUGGAAUCCUUUGACUAAAAGCAACUCUGCCCUUCUCUCUGAGUCUCACA